AGUAAACACGAGACACGCAUGGUGAAUUCAUCCAACCAAUGAGAAUCUUGGCCCUACCUUUCCCUUUCCACAAAAGGAAAUAUUUCGUCUCGCGAGACGCAACUAAAGUUUGGACAUAUUUUUUUAAAAACUGGCGGUUUGAGGAAAGAGAAACAAAUAUGAAGAUGGUGGCUGAAAACGAAGUACUGGAGAUUAAGGAAGCCUUUGAAAAAGCUCAGAAGACUCACAACAACAAGGCCAAACUGGUUUCUGCUUUAAAGCAGAGAUAUAACAAGCUGGAAGAUAAAACCAUCUUUCAUGAGGAGUUUGUUUAUUAUCUGAAGUUCCCAAUGAUUGUGUAUAAGCGGGAGCCAGCUGUGGAGAGUGUGAUAGACUUUGCAGCAAAAUUUGCUACAAGUUUUGAAGAACCUGUGGAGAAUGAAGAGGCCAAUGAAGAUGAUGAGGAGGAAGAUAACCCCUUUCUGAAUUACUUGUUUCAUUUUCUGCUUAAGUCUCAUAAUGCAAACUGCCACGCUGUCAGGUUUCGUGUGUGUCAGCUUAUUAAUAAGUUGUUGGGAAGUAUGCCUGAAAAUGCCCAGAUUGAUGAUGAUCUCUUUGAUCGUAUUCAUGAAGCCAUGCUGGUCAGAGUAAAAGAUACAUUUCCAAAUGUGAGAAUCCAAGCAGUUUUGGCAAUGGCUAGACUUCAGGAUCCACAGGAUGGGGACUGUCCUACUAUUAAUGCCUACAUGCUUUUGCUUGAAAAUGACUCAAACUCAGAGGUGAGACGAGCUGUGUUGUCUUGCAUUGCUCCAUCUGCUAUGACACUGCCCAAAAUUUUGGGGCGUACCAGAGAUGUGAAUGAAAAUGUUAGGAAACUGGCAUAUCAGGUUCUUGCAGAAAAGGUCCCUUUAAGAGCUCUAUCUAUUGCUCAGAGAGUAGAACUUCUACAACAAGGGCUGAAUGACAGAUGUGGAGCCGUACAGGAAGUUGUGCAGAAAAAGCUGCUGCAGACUUGGCUCCGACUGUUGGAGGGCAACGUUUUAGAACUUCUCCAUAGACUGGAUAUUGAAAACUGUCCAGGAGUGGCUGUGGCUGCGCUGAAUGCCAUGUUUGCUUUGUCACCACUUCAUGAACUGACUCAAAACUGUAGCAAUAUAGACAACCGAAAGUUGAUCCCUGUGGAGAAUCUAACCUGUGAAACUUCCUUGUACUGGAGAGCUCUCUGUGAGUAUGUCAAGUCAAAAGGAGAUGAAGGUGAAGAAGUGCUGGAGCAGAUCUUACCAGAAGCGGCCAUAUAUGCAGAAUAUCUUUAUGGGUACCUGAAGAGUAUCCCUGUGAUGACUGAAGAACAGAAGACAGAUUUUGCUCAGCUGGAGAACGUAAUGACUAAAGAAUUUAUAGGCCAGCAACUGGUUCUUCUUGUGGGUUGCUUGGAUACUGCUGAAGAGGGUGGGAGGAAGAGAGUACUGGCUGUUCUCCAAGAAAUGCUUGUUUUGCCCAAUACUCCAACUUCCCUUGUGUCCUUGCUAAUUGAAAAACUGGUUACUGCCCUAGAGGAUGAUAAGAGGAUACAAAUGGUAGCUGAAAUAAUCUCUGAGGUGCGUGAGCCUAUUGUUGCUGUUAAUGCUCCUAUUGAUGCAAAUGACCGUAGAAAGAGACAAAUCAAGCUUGCUGGAGUCAAAGUCAAACUGAAUGAAACCAAACAGAUGCUAGAAGAUUCUAUUGCAGUUCAAGACUUCGGUCAAGCUUCAGAGCUGAAAGAUAAGAUUAUAGAGUUAGAAAGUCUCAAACAUCAGUUGAUGAAGGAAGCAGAAGAGCCAAAAAUGGAAGAGGUUCGCAUGGAAAAGAAUGAUUCUGACACACUUCUGAAAUGCCUUACCAUGUGCUCUGAGCUCCUUAAGCACAUGUCAAUUGACAAGGGAAUCGGUCCAACAAUGAACGGUAUCCUAGAGUCUUUGAUCCUCCCAGGCAUUGCAAAUGCCCAUCCAGGAGUACGUAAUAUGGCUGUAGAGUGUCUGGGUUUAUGCACUCUACAGAACAAGGAGUUGGCAAAAAGGCACCUUGUGUUGCUGUUGCAGAUUGCUCAACUUGAUGACGCAAAAAUUAGGAUCAGUGCUCUUAAAGCGGUACUUGACCAACUUCUGCUCAAUGGAAUGGAGACACUGACAAGCAAUACGUCUCAGAGUGAUUCAUAUACAGAAAAGGGAGAUUCAAAUCCGCAGCAAGAAGGAAAAGAGGCAAAAGAACCAGCGGAAGAGGAAACUACAGUCAAUAACAUUCUUUCUUUACUUUCGGGUUUCCUGGACAGUGAGAUACCAGAGCUCAGGACCGAAGCUGCUGAGGGUUUGGCUAAACUGAUGUUCUGUGGAAGACUCGUCAGUUCAAAGUUGCUUUCUCGUCUUGUUUUGUUGUGGUACAAUCCUGUUACUGAAGAUGACACACACCUUCGACACUGUCUGGGUGUGUUCUUUCCAUUGUUUGCUUACGCAAGCAGAUCCAAUCAAGAAUGCUUUGAAGAAAGUUUUCUGACAACUAUGCACACAUUGUUCAACGCCCCUGGACCCUCUCCUUUAGCUGAGGUUGAUACAGCAAAUGUAGCCAAAUUAUUUAUCGAUUUGACCAGACCCAGUGCAUUAAGUCAGCAAAGCAAGAAAACGGACGAUUACCAAGAACUUACUGUGCAUGACAGAUUGGCUGUCAGGAUAUGUAAUGAGAUAUUAAAAGACCCAGCUGCUCCAGAUGUCAGAAUCUAUGCCAGGUGUUUGAGCACACUUGAACUUGCUACAGGAGAGUCAGUGUGUAAUAAGGAUUUAUUGAUGCUUUUGGAUGAAGUCUGUACGGAGGUAAAGGAUCAAGUAUGUUUAAGGGCCCUUGAAAAAUGUAUUCAUCAGCUGAAGGCAGGAUCUAAGGAUAAUGGUUCCAAGGAUGCUGAUACAACAAUAAAUCAAGCUCCUGUUGAAAAUGGGGAAGAAAAUGAGAAUGAUGGCGAUCAACUGAAAAGUACAAAAAAGAGAACUAAAAGAGGGUCGAAAUCUGUAUCCACUGCUACCAGGCCUACAAGAAGCAGACCAACACGUCGCAAAACAGUCAGUGUUUCUGAUGAAAGUGAAUUGGAGGCGAUUGUAAAAGCAGUUCCUGAACCGGUUAAAAGGUCAACAAGGGGCGCUAAAGCUGCCGCACUGGAAAACGCCAAAAUGAAUCUCACAGAUUUGAUGAACAGAGAAGCCGAUCAGUCAUCAUAAGUCUUGUUUGACAAUAUAACUGCUCAACACGUUGAGUGGAUUGUUUUUACAUUUUAUAUGUAUCGUUCUUCAAUUUUAAAAAAAUAAAAAUAAAUAAGUCAAACAAAAGUAAGUUCUGUAGGACUGCAGAUUUAGAUUAAAGAACAUUAGGAGUAUAGAGAAAGAUCUUCUUUUAAAGUCAUUGCUUGUAAAAAUGUGUGCAUGUACAGUAUAAAGGAAAAUUAAACAUUCUACAAUCAAUUGUAUUAUUCAUUUAGUGACACUCUUUAAUACACGUUUUUUAAAGCUAUGUAUAAAAAAAUAAUAUUCCUUAUUUUUU